UUAAACAAAGAAGCAUAUUCCCACCAACGCCAAAACCCAUAAGAAAUAAUAAUAAGCAUAACUGGGUGAAACUUUGGGCAACGGCUGAAAGAGUGCCAAAAAAGGCGGCGAAAAAGAAGACUUUAGAAAAGAUAUCUGAUAUUGUACCUUUGACUCUUGGUAAUAUAACUACUAUGCACUAA